AUGUCUCUCAAGCCGAUCAUUCUGUAUGACCACGGACCCGGUCCCAACCCCUGGAAGGUGAUCAUGGCCUUCAAAGAGCUUGGAAUCCCUUACGUCAGUAAGACGGUCGAAUGGUCCGAGAUAAAAAAGGAGCCGUAUGUGUCGAUCAACCCCAACGGCCGCGUGCCAGCCAUUGAAGAUCCCAACACCGGUAUCACUCUGUGGGAAUCCGGUGCCAUUCUGGAGUACCUGGUGGAAACGUACGACAAGGACCACAAGAUCAGCUUCGCUGCUGGCUCGCAGGACUCUUUCCUAGCCAAACAAUGGCUACACUUCCAGAUGUCUGGUCAGGGUCCCUACUUCGGCCAAGCCGUCUGGUUCACCCGCUAUCACCCUGAGAAGAUUCAGAGUGCCCAGGAUCGUUACAUCAACGAGAUUCGCCGCGUCAGUGGUGUCCUCGACCGUGAGUUAGCCGAUAAGGAAUACUUGGUGGGCGGAAGGUUCAGCUAUGUCGACCUUGCUUUUAUUCCAUGGUACCGGGUUGCUGCCAUGUUCAAUAUUGAUAUGGAGAAGGACUUCCCGAACGUGGAUGCUUGGUUGAAGCGCCAAAAGGCUCGUUCUGCUAUUGCAGAGUCCAUGAAGGAACUGGAUGAGAUCGCUGCAGCUGCUCAUGGGUCCAAGUGA